GCCCCCUAUUUAAAAAGUUUGAGGACCCCUGCCCCGGUUUAUACUAAUAUCUGUGAGGCGUUAGAAGAGCUGUCCUAAACUAAAACGUGCUGUCAUUUCUUAGUGCUUGAAAUAUUGAUGUGGACUCUCUUGUAAAGAAUGAACCAGAAAUGUUUUGAAAUACUUAGAGGAAUUCAAGAUGUGGCAACUGAUGUGAAACACACUUUCCCUGCUUUAUAUUCGGCAUGCUGAGAUUAUGAUGAGCCGCGUGGUGGCGCCGCAAGCUAAGAAGACACCUAAAAGAUGGGCGGAUACCCACAAAAUAGCUCUAAAUAAGUCAAGGAGAUAAGAAGCUUUCUUAGCUGGAACUAGAGGAAGGAUCCGAGGUGCUCACAUUUCUGAGAUACCGGACAGACGGACAGUAGCAGCCCCGGAUUACCGUUUGCAAUCGAUCUGGGCUACACAGAUUGAGAAGAGGGACUCAAAGGAACUAUGGAGCAGGAAGGGGCGACGAUUCCGCAACAAAGGCAAGUUCUCUUUCUCCUUGUUCUUCUGGGUGUGUCUGGGACUGCCUCCAAGCCGCAGCAGUUUUCUGUAGUGGAGGAGAUGGAGAGGGGCACCUUUGUGGCCAAUGUAGCAAAGGUUCUUGGCCUGGAAGUGGGGGAACUGUCAGAUCGCGGGACCAGAGUCGUUUUCAAAGGGAACAAAGAGUAUUUGCAGCUGAACCGUAGAACUGGGGAUCUGCUCUUGAGAGAGACACUGGAUCGGGAGGAGCUGUGCGGCCCCUCUGAUCCCUGUGUGCUCCCUUUUAAGAUCUUGUUGGAAAACCCCUUUCAGAUUGUUCCGGCUGAAUUAAGUGUGCUGGACAUUAAUGAUCAUUCGCCAGUGUUCCUAAAAUCUGAGAUGCUCCUAAAAAUCCCAGAGAGCGCCUUGCCUGGGACUGUGUUUUUGCUAGAAAAUGGGAAGGAUUUAGAUGUAGGAAGCAACAGUAUACAGAACUACACAAUCAGUCCCAACUCCCUUUUCCAUAUUCAAAUUCGAGAUAACAGUGAGGGCAAGCGAUACCCAGAGCUUGUACUGGAUGAAACGCUGGAUCGGGAGAAGCAGUCUGAGGUCAUUUUAACUCUCACUGCAGUGGAUGGGGGAGUCCCACCAAGGUCUGGAACUGCCCAAGUCCGAAUUCUCAUAGUGGAUAUCAAUGAUAACGCCCCAGUGUUUGCUCAGCUGCGUUAUGAGGUUCAGAUCCCUGAGAAUAGUCCCAUUGGAUCCAAAGUUGUCACAGUUUCUGCCACAGAUUUAGAUGCAGGGAAUAAUGGAGAAAUAUCUUACGCUUUUUUGCAUGCCUCUGAAAGCAUUCACAAAACAUUUCAUCUUAAAGAGGAAUUAGGAGAACUUUAUUUAAAGGAAAAAGUGGAUUUUGAGUCGACUCAGUUUUACACUAUAAAUAUCCAGGCCACAGAUGGUGGAGGCCUUUCCGCAGAAUGUACUGUUAUUGUUCAGGUGAUAGAUCUGAACGACAAUCCUCCAGAGCUGACUAUAUCUUCACUUACCAGCCCCAUCCCAGAGAAUUCUCCUGAGACAGUGGUAGCUGUCUUCAGUGUUUCAGAUCUGGAUUCUGGGGAAAAUGGAAAGAUGGUUUGUUCCAUCCAAGAUGAUCUUCCCUUUUCCCUGAAACCUUCCAUUGAAAACUACUACAUGUUGGUAACAGAAGGAGCACUGGACAGAGAGUACAAAGCUGAGUACAAUAUCACUAUUACAGUGAUGGACUUGGGAUUCCCGAAGCUUAAAUCUGAAUAUAAUCUCACAGUUUUCAUCUCCGAUGUCAAUGAUAACUCUCCAGUUUUUACUCAGAGAGCCUACACAUUGUACCUGCAAGAGAACAACAGUCCUGCCCUCCACAUUGGCAGUGUCAGUGCCAGUGACAGGGACUCAGGAAUCAAUGCCAAAAUCACCUAUUCUCUGCUGCCUCCAGAAACUGGAGAACUGCCCAUCUUCUCCUAUAUCUCUAUCAACUCAGACAAUGGCCAUCUCUAUGCUUUGCGAUCCCUGGAUUAUGAAGCCAUCCAAACUUUCCAGUUCACUGUGAGGGCAGCUGAUGGUGGUUCUCCAUCACUGAGUAGCCAAGUUCUGGUUCAGAUUGUGGUACAGGAUGAAAAUGAUAACUCUCCCUUUGUUCUGUACCCCUUGCAAAAUGGCACAGCUCCCUGCAAUGAUCUGGUGCCCAGAACUGCAGAGCCAGGUUAUCUGGUGACCAAGGUGGUAGCUGUGGAUAGAGACUGGGGGCAGAAUUCCUGGCUUUCUUAUCAGCUGCUCAAGGCCACAGACCCGGGCCUAUUCACUUUGUGGGCCCACAAUGGGGAAGUUCACACAGCAAGACCCAUCAGUGACAAAGAUGCCAUUAAGCAGAGGCUUGUGGUGCUGGUGAAGGACAAUGGGCAACCACCUCUGUCCACAAUGGCCACAAUAAAUGUAUUCUUGGUGGAUGGCUUUUCUGAGCCCUACCUGCAGUUACCUGAUGCACCUAAGGAGCAGAUCCAGACUGACUCCCUAACUACCUACCUAGUCAUUUCCCUGACCUCUGUUUCCUUUCUCUUCCUGGCCUCUGUUAUUGUGUUUAUUGCCAUUCGCCUGUGGAAAAGGAAGAAACAUACCACUGACAUUAGUCGCUUUACUUUAAAUGACCUCUUCCCAGGCCACUUAGUGGAUGUCAGCAGGACAGGAACUUUGUCCCAGAGUUACCAGUAUGAGGUGUGUCUGGCCAGUAGCUCAGGAAGCAAUGAAUUUAAGUUCCUAAAGCCUGUUAUUCCCACCCUUCCAACUUUGGAAGGAAAUGAAGACUCAAUUGAAAACGGCCUUAAGGAAUAGCUUUUGCUAGAAUUGGGGUUUGACUCAUGCUUCAAUGCAUAAAGGCCAGAUUUUAUGACCUCUUUCCCUUCCCCCUUUUAUUAUUUGUCUUCUUUCCAUAUUUC